GAUUGGCCCUGCAAGUAUUUCCAUCUGAAAGGUCAGUGCAACAAUGGCCAGAUGUGCAAGUUUUCACAUGCAGAACUCAACGAAGAGACCGAAGCUAUCGUGAAGAAGGUGGUGAUGAUGGGGAAGAUGAUGAUGAUGGGGAAGAUGAUGAUGAUGGUGAGGAGGAGGAGGAGGAUGGCGAAGAUGAUGAUGUUUGUGGUGAAUGUAUGUGAUGAUAGAUGGGCAGAUGAAAUUUGA